UGUAAACUGGAUACAUUAUGAUGGCUGAACUGAGAAUAGUUGCCAGUCUGAGUUCAAACCAGAGGAUUAGAAAAGGAUUUGGUGUCAGUGUAAUCAACUGGCAAAGGUUUGCAAUCAGAUGUGUUUUACAACUUUAACAAUUUAUUGGUUGUAAGCAAAUAUGGAAUUGACACAACAACGUAACAACUGUUUGUAUAAGUCACAUCCUCUUCCACACCUUAGUUUGACACACCUCCUCAGGGGGGCUGUUUCAGCAGUUUGCAACAUUCACUUGGGCAACAGUCAAACUAAGACUCGCACCGAAGACACGGAUGUGGUUACCUCAAGUAAAGACAUGGUUUCUGCAAGGUUGUGGAAGACCCUGUCACUAGUCGUCAUCGGUAUGUUACUUUAUUUUGUACUUUGGGAAACGGCUUCAAACAGGCAGUCCUUGCCUGAUUUUUCAAUACCAGAGCAGUUCUCUUUAGACCUGCCUGGCUGCUUGGCCAUCAUCACUGGAGACACACAGGGGAAGAAAGGCGAUUUAGAAAGGCUUCUGUCAUCCAGGAAAAAACAACAUCUUUCAUCAGAGGACUUCUACUUGAAUGUGACAAAGGACUGUCCGUCUUACAUUGAGAAGAGAGGUUUCAUUACAGCGCCUCUCAGUGAGGAGGAGAAGAAUUUCCCCAUCGCCUACUCCAUGGUGAUCCAUGAGAAGAUUGAGAUGUUUGAGCGACUCCUACGAGCUGUUUAUAAUCCUCAGAACAUCUACUGUGUGCAUGUGGACCAGAAAGUCACUAAAGAAUUUCAGAAGGCCGUGGAGGCUAUUCUUUCCUGCUUCCCAAAUGUGUUUUUAGCCAGUAGAUUAGAGCGAGUGGUGUAUGCCUCGUGGUCCAGAGUGCAGGCCGAUUUGAACUGCAUGAAAGAUCUGCUGAACUCGCCGGUCCAGUGGAGAUACCUGCUCAACACCUGUGGGACAGACUUCCCCAUCAAAACCAAUAGAGAAAUGAUUCAGGCACUGAAGGCCCUCAACGGGAGAAACAGCAUGGAGACGGAGGUAACCAAUGACUACAAGAAGCGGUGGCUGUAUCAUUACAAUGUAACUACUGCUGUCAUCAAGACGGAUGUGAAGAAAAGUCCCCCGCCCAAUGGCAACCCCAUGUUCACAGGAAACGCCUACUUUGUGGCCAGCAGAGCCUUUGUGAAACAUGUGAUGCAGGACAGAGAAGUUCAUGAGCUUCUGGAGUGGGAGAGGGACACGUACAGCCCCGACGAACACCUCUGGGCCACUCUACAGCGAAUGCCCUCCGUUCCUGGAUCAAUGCCCGCGAACAUCAAGUUCGAUGCGUCAGACAUGCAAGCCAUCGCUCGCGUGGUGAAGUGGAGCUAUCUAGCAGGCGAUGUGAGAGCCGGAGCCCCGUACUCUCCUUGUACAGGUGAAUACAGUAGAGCAGUCUGUGUGUACGGAGCAGGUGACCUCUCGUGGCUCCUCAGACAACAUCAACUCUUUGCAAAUAAGUUUGAUCCUGAGGUUGAUGAUAUUGCGAUUCGAUGUAUAGAGUCAGUUCUGCAUUUUAAAGCUUUAGGCCACGACCGACUGGAAACCGAUUAAUAUUCCAUCAUUUUUUCUUGAAAUGUCAAAUGUAUUUUAAGGUACAUACUUUAUAAACCGUAUUUUAUUGUCAAAUGUUCGAUUGAAAAAUCUUUAAAUAUUUUCUAUUCUUUUUUAUUUAAUCUAUCUUGCAAAAGGAUUUUUUUAUUCUGUGGCUGUUAAUGUUAUCAGUAUGUUAUCUUUCAUCUAUAAU